AUGGUGCAUUCAGUGAGAUCUAGCAGCAUCCAUAGCCAAUAUUAUUUGGCUCAUCCCAGUAUCACUUGCCUCUGCUUGUAUGGUUCCUGUCUCCACACACAUAAUAAUAUCCCCUUCUUCCCUAGGUUUCCCAUCUUCCAUCUUUGAAAGGGUUUGAGGUAAAGGUUUAAGAAAAUGGCAUCAAUUCCAUCCACUGGCUCUCUCAUCGCCACCCAUGAUUACUAUAGAAGGCGCAUAGGAUCCACCUCUAGCAACAGCUCCUGUGGCAGUUCUGAGUACGCUGGCGAAGUCAUUCCACACCCCCCAGGUACAGACCAGUUUCUCGCACGAUGACGAGUUUUACUUUAUCUCUCUCGGUCACUCGAUUCCUAAUGACCAGGUUCCUAACGUUUCCUCUUGUUUUUUCUUCCUCAGGUCUGCAGAGACAAGACUCUGGUCACUGGUGGUCUUCUUUCUUCUUCCCAAACAAACAGAACCAGCCUGGCAGCAUGGUUGGAUCUGAACAGAAGUGAGUUCCCUAACCGAAGAGUCACAUAAAUUGAUUAAAUCCAUGCAUAGUUUAAAUGUUGUGCUUAAUUUGUCCUUACUUUGUAAGACUUCUCAUCUUAAGUAACCAGUUCAUUGUUUUUCUGUACCUCUUUAGCUAAACAAUAUUUCCUUGUUGCAGGAGUGGAACGUACACAGUGGCCAACGGUCAGGUGGCGUGUAUCGCCAGGGAGAUGGUGUUGAAGAAGCAGCUCAGUAGGCAACUCGCUGAAAGCAGCGACUCUGGGAAGGUGGAACCUGGGAGCCCACCACCCUCCUAAUUCCAUCUUCUCUUCUCCCCAAACCCUUCUCUUCAACACCCAACAUCCCACUCCUCAUCACCCCACACCUUGAGUCUAAUCUAGGAAAUUGAGGCGGCUGAGAUUUUUUUACCUUUUAGUGAUGGAGGCUGCUUUUCCUCCCUCUAUGUUUAUAAAUAAUAUAGCUUUUUAUAAUUAAAGACAAAAAAAUCCUAACAAA